AUGUACUCUUCUUCGUCUUUAUCAAAAGGCUUAGUCCCUAUCUUGGCCGUCAUGAACAUACAAUUUCUCCUUAUAGGUAGCGUUUCAUCGUUGAACACGACUAAUGCGUAUCUGCACCACACAUGCUUCGCCAGUCAAGGGAAAUACAAGCCGGGAAGUGAGUACGAGAAAGGCCUCAAAGAUAUCAUCAAGAGAACCCUUUACAGUAAUUUUAGUGGCGGUCUAGAAAUGGGGACCAUUGGUGAAGGUCCUAGUUUCGUCUCCGUCACCCAACAGUGCCGCGGCGACUCCUAUGGGCCCAAAUGCCGCUCUUGCUUUUCCACCACCGUCUCUGAGGUAACUUCACUCAAUAUUAUUGAUUAG